UCAGGCCUUAGACCUGCAGUAUGGCCACCAUUGCCCUGCCCGACUCAUUUGGAAAUGGCCUUGUGUGCUCUUGUCUAGGCGGGAUGGUGCACAUGUGAUUUUGCCGAGUUUAAAGGCCUCCUGCUGUCUCCAGGACACCAUGAACGCCAUUGUCGCUCUCUGUCACUUCUGUGAGCUCCACGGCCCCCGCACUCUCUUUUGCACAGAAGUUCUGCAUGCCCCGCUUCCUCAAGGGGCUGGGAAUGGGGACAGCCCCGGCCAGGGCGAACAGGCCGAGGAGGAGGAGGGUGGCAUUCAGAUGAGCAGUCGGAUCCGCGCUCACAGUCCAGCGGAAGGGGCCAGCGCAGAGUCCAGCAGCCCGGGGCCCAAAAAGUCGGACAUGUGCGAGGGCUGCCGGUCCCUUGCUGCCGGACAUCCCGGGUAUAUCAGCCAUGAUAAAGAGACCUCGAUUAAAUAUGUCAGUCACCAGCACCCCAACCACCCUCAGCUCUUCAGCAUUGUCCGCCAGGCCUGUGUGCGGAGUCUGAGCUGUGAGGUCUGCCCUGGCCGGGAAGGCCCUAUCUUCUUUGGGGACGAGCAGCAUGGUUUCGUGUUCAGCCACACUUUCUUCAUCAAAGACAGCCUGGCCAGGGGCUUCCAGCGCUGGUACAGCAUCAUCGCCAUCAUGAUGGACCGGAUUUACCUCAUCAACUCCUGGCCCUUCCUGCUUGGGAAGAUCCGAGGGAUCAUUGACGAACUGCAGGGCAAGGCCCUCAAGGUAUUUGAGACAGAGCAGUUUGGCUGCCCGCAGCGCGCCCAGAGGAUGAACACGGCCUUCACACCCUUCCUGCAUCAACGCAACGGCAAUGCGGCUCGCUCGUUGACAUCCUUGACAAGCGAUGACAACUUGUGGGCAUGCCUUCACACCUCCUUUGCUUGGCUCCUGAAGGCGUGUGGCAGCCGGCUGACUGAGAAGCUCCUGGAGGGCGCGCCCACUGAGGACACCUUGGUCCAGAUGGAGAAGCUUGCAGACUUGGAAGAAGAGUCCGAAAGCUGGGACAACUCCGAGGCUGAAGAGGAGGAGAAAGGCCCUGUCCUGCCAGAGGGUACAGGGGGGCGGGAGCUGACCAAGUGCCCCACAGAUUCUUCCUCGCUCUCGGACUGUGGCAACUGGCAGCCCCGAAAGUUGUCUGUCUUUAAGUCCCUUCGGCACAUGAGGCAGGUCCUGGGUGCCCCGUCCUUUCGCAUGUUGGCCUGGCACGUUCUCAUGGGGAACCAAGUGAUCUGGAAAAGUAGAGACGCAGACCUUGUCCAGUCAGCUUUUGAAGUUCUUCGGACGAUGCUGCCAGUGGGCUGUGUCCGCAUCAUCCCUUACAGCAACCAGUAUGAGGAGGCCUACCGCUGCAACUUCCUGGGGCUCAGCCCACACGUGCAGAUCCCCUCCCACGUGCUGGCCUCAGAAUUUGCUGUCGUCGUGGAGGCCCAUUCAGCCCCUCGCUCCAGCCUCCACCCAGCCAGGUGCGAGGAUGACCAGUCCCUCAGCAAGUACGAGUUUGUUGUGACCAGCGGAAGUCCUGUAGCUGCGGACCGAGUUGGCCCCACCAUCCUGAAUAAGAUGGAAGCAGCUUUGACCAACCAGAAUCUGUCUGUGGGUGUGGUGGACCAGUGCCUCGUCUGCCUUAAGGAAGAGUGGAUGAACAAAGUGAAGGUCCUUUUCAAAUUCACCAAGGUGGACAGUCGGCCCAAAGAGGACACGCAAAAGCUCCUGAGUAUCCUCGGAGCAUCUGAAGAGGACAAUGUCAAGCUGCUCAAGUUCUGGAUGACGGGCCUGAGCAAAACCUACAAGUCCCACCUCAUGUCCACAGUCCGCAGCCCCACAGCCUCAGAGCCUCGUAAUUGACGCCACUUGUGGGAACGUGAGCCCGGGCUCGCCUUCACAGAAGUGAUGACCAUCCCCGCCGCUGAGCUCAAGGAUGGCUCUCUGACGGCACUCUCACACCACUUUUGUUUCUGACCUGCCGGCAUGGAGUUCUUUCCUCGCAAGCAGUGGAAACCCUCGGGGCUGAACCUUGCCCUCCGUGUGGGAUUUGGACCUGGUAUAGUUUUCGGCACCAUUCCACAAGCUGUUUGAAUUGCUCUAGCCCUAGAGAGGGCCGUGGGAGACUUGGGACAGUAGGUCCCCUGUGUUUGAGCACCCUGUGAGAGAAGACUGAGGAGGACAUGCACCUUAUGUCUCUCAAGGAUUUAGACUCAAAAUUUAUAGGAAAAACAUAUCAGGUCAGUCCCAACUUGGGUAUUUUGGCCACAGUAACAAACCUCUCAAGGUUCAUGUUUGAACCUUUCUAUUCUGAUACUCAAGACUUUUCCAGGUUUUAUAUAUGUUUAUAUAUGUUGUAUGUUUUGCUACGGUUGUGAAUUUUCAGGACGUGUGCUGAUCCUUAGUCAUCGUUAGUAAUCUGGUUUUGAGCUCUGGGAAUGGCUUUUGGGGUGGAGUAGAUGUUUCCUCAUUUUUGGGCCCUUUGGGAUUCAUGUUCUGGAACCAUGUGACUACAAAGUCUUCUGGCCAUGCUCUCCUAUGAUUGCUUUGACAUUUCCCUGUAGCUUGAGGACAGGCCCCUGACCUUUUUUUUACACAAAGAUGAUACUUUGCUGAAAUGUCAGAUGGAGCCAUUUGACUUGCCUAACUCACUGGAUGUGGAGUUGAGAAACCCACCACGGUUUUAUUCCAUGUCACUUUGCCCUUUAUUGCUUCUUUAAACAUUUAGAUUUGGCUACAGGUAACAAUUUUCAGAGUAUGGUGAUUUAAGAUAGUUUCAUCAUCCCAGCAUGCACUUUUAAUAAGGAUUCAUGGCUUGGAGGGAUUUUUCCAGCAGAUUUGCUGAUUUGUUUAUAGUUUUUUUGGUGUGUUUGCUUAAUUUAUAUUUAACACGGAAACUAAGUUUAUAUGACUAGGUGUCUAUCAUGCAGGAACAUUGAAACACAAUAAAGAUGUAUUUUUAUAAA